AAUAUAUUUUCCCAUGUUUGGUACGAUAAAUGAAAAUGAUAGGAAUCCCAUAUUUGGUACAAGUGUACAACAUUAGUAAAGGAAGGAAAGGAAAGAAAAAACGUGAGUUUAAGAUUUAAUAUUUUGUUUGACAGACUUAAUUUGUUCUUUCCUUCCAAAUUCCUCCAAUUUUGAAAGGAAAGAAAAGUAAAACUUUUAUACAGGGAGGUUUCCUUCCAAUUUCCUUCAUUUCCUUCCACUUCCCAUAUAAUUUUUUAAACCAUAUAUAAGAAACGUUAUUUUUCCUUUCCUUUUUUUUCUCUUUCCAAUUUCUCCCAACCAAAUAAAGGCUUAGUAUGGCGAAUGAUGAUUGAUUUAACUUUUAGACCUCAUUAUUAAUAAAAGUUUUUUUUUAUUGUUUUUUUUGUCUUUUAGAGAAAGGAGGAAUAUUCGCGCCAAAAAAAAAACAACAAAGGAGGGAAAAAAAUCGAAGAAAAGAGGAAAAAGAUUGGCGCGAGAACAGGGAAAGGGAAGAGGCGUGAAGAAGGAGGGUAACACCGCGCUGACUGCCGUCGUCACCGGAAAACGAUAUUGGGAAAUAUCCCAAAUUGCAAUUGUUGAGAUGACUUGGCAGUCAUAUACAGAGACGGUACUUGGUUUACUACCCGAGAUUUGUAGAUGUGAUAGAGAUAUAUGGCGCUCAGUUUUACCGUUGAUUUGCUUUGACAUUAUUGAGUACCACUACCCAAAUCUAGUUAUGCGCCAGUAUGGAUUGGAACAAUCACUUCCCAUUGCGUGUGACACGAGUGUUAAUCUUUAUAAUGUGGAUCGACGACAUAAAAACAAGAAAUUUGAAGAGUUGCAUCGCAAAUAUGUGGAGGAGUGGCGUGAUCGUGAAAGUCAGAUUGUUCAAGGCACUCCUUUUGCUGGUCAUCGUGAGAGGAUGAAGGAGUAUAUGGAUUGGUAUUGUAGUAUCACUAGACUCCUCAUUACUCCCGUUACACGAUCACCCCCCACCACUCAUUAUCAACCGUCUUUCUCUGAUAUUAUUUUGUCACAUGCAUUGGCUGAUCUUGCCUCAAGAUGCACUCGAGCUGUGGAUUCUGCGCGAGAGCUACCCCCCUCUUUGACCUUUUUAAAAAAAACUCGUGUUACGUUACACAACUUGUGUUCAUCUCGCAUUGACACCUUAUCAAGAGUGGGGCAAGACCAUAUCCUCCAACAUUAUGAUUUAGCCUCGUCUCAGUUUACACCCGACACCUCCUCCACCUCACAUAGUAUACAGAUCACUCGAUCGGUGCGUCCUCAUACUCAUCAUGUUUCUCGAGGGCGUGGUUUUCGACCACCACGUGCACACCUCCCCCACCUCCUCCACACCCUCCAUCGCUUACUCCUCCUCUACGCCCUCCACAAUCUCCUCAUCCACGCCCUCCUUCACUUACUCCUCCUCUACGCCCUCCACCACCUUCUCCUCCACGCCCUCCACCAUUUACUCCUCCUCAUGGCCGUACUACAUCUCCUACUACACCACAAGUUAUUUCAUCUCCUCCUUUGCAGCUUAUCACUUACUGGCGACAAGAAGAUAACUCUCAUAGUCAUCGUCCCGAGCCAAUUGCCGUUAGAAACUUAUGUGUAGUCUUUUGUUCUUUUUGCUUGUAUUGGAACUUUUGGAACUUUUAGAAACUCAUGUGUAACGAAA